CACUUCCAUUCUUACCGCAGUCGCACGCCACCAAUCCCUCAAGGCUUACGCAUUUUCUUUAUUCUUUUCUUGUCUCCCUCUCCCGCCCUCGCCGCAGCCGCACGUCGGCUCGCCGGCACCACCCCACCGCCUCUUUUCCUUCUUCUCUCCCUAUCGCGCGCGCUCUCUCUCUCUCUCUCUCUAUAUAUAUAUAUAUCUGCUGCAACCACACGCCGGCGCGCCACACCUGUGCUUCGCUACAGCCGCUUAACUUACGGUCCCCCACCCCUUCUUUUGCAGCUGCCAUCGCUGAGGUCCACUCCAGUUUUCCCCUGCCCCGUUUAGCUCUCUGUCGCUCGCUGUUGAGGUCUCCUUCAGUUUAACCAACUUCGGCUGAGGUUGUGUUGCAUAAAGUAUUUUGAGACUCUCUAGGCUCCAAGUGAGCAGCGAUGGGAGUUCCGGCCUUCUAUAGGUGGUUAGCGGAGAAGUAUCCUUUGGUGGUCGUUGAUGUAAUUGAGGAAGAAUCAGUUGUAAUAGAUGGCAUUUCCAUUCCAGUUGAUACAAGCAAACCCAAUCCAAAUAAUCUUGAAUUUGAUAACCUCUACCUCGACAUGAAUGGCAUAAUUCAUCCUUGCUUCCAUCCUGAAGAUAGGCCUUCUCCAACAACUUUUAGCGAGGUAUUUCAAUGCAUGUUUGAUUACAUUGAUAGGCUUUUUGUCAUGGUUCGGCCUAGAAAAUUGCUAUAUAUGGCUAUUGAUGGUGUUGCCCCCAGGGCAAAAAUGAAUCAACAACGAUCUCGGCGAUUUAGAGCUGCAAAAGAUGCCACAGAUGCAGCAGCUGAAGAGGCACGUCUAAGAGAAGAGUUUGAGAGGGAGGGACGGAAGCUUCCUCCAAAGCAGGAGUCACAAGUUUUUGAUUCCAAUGUGAUCACUCCUGGAACUGACUUUAUGGCAGUGCUGUCCAUUGCUUUACAGUACUACAUUCAUCUUAGACUAAACAAUGACCCUGGUUGGAAAAAUGUUAAGGUCAUUCUUUCUGAUGCCAAUGUUCCGGGGGAAGGAGAACACAAAAUAAUGUCCUAUAUUCGUCUUCAGAGAAAUCUUCCUGGUUUUGAUCCAAAUACUCGUCACUGCCUGUAUGGUUUGGAUGCAGACUUGAUAAUGUUGGCUUUGGCUACUCACGAAGUCCAUUUUUCAAUUCUGCGUGAGGUAGUGUUCACUCCCGGACAGCAAGAAAAAUGUUUUCUGUGUGGCCAGAUGGGUCAUUUUGCAGCUGACUGCGAGGGUAAAGCGAAAAGAAAGGCUGGAGAGUUUGAUGAGAAAGGUGAAAAUGUUGUUAAAAAGCCUUACCAGUUUCUCCACAUUUGGAUACUUAGAGAGUACUUGGAACAUGAAAUGCGUAUUCCGAAUGUUCCCUUUGAAAUCAACCUUGAACGCAUUGUUGAUGAUUUUGUGUUCAUGUGUUUCUUUGUUGGCAAUGACUUCUUACCUCAUAUGCCCACAUUAGAGAUUCGGGAGGGUGCAAUUAACUUGCUAUUGGCUGUGUACAAGAAAGAAUUUAGGGCACUAGGUGGGUACUUGACUGAUGGAAGCAAGCCAAAUUUGCGAAGAGUGGAGCAUUUCAUUCAAGCCGUUGGAAGUUAUGAAGAUAGAAUAUUCCAAAAAAGAGCUAGACUGCAUCAGAAGCAGGCAGAUAGAAUAAAGCGUGAAAAAGGUCAGACAAGAAGAGGAGAUGAUGCAGAGCCUCAGGUUCAACCAUCCCUAGUUCCAGUUGCACGUUUUCGUGAAUCUCGUCUAGCUUCAGGUCCUUGUCCUUCGCCAUAUGAACAAUCAGGAUUUGGAAAAGCCACGUCCAAAUUACCUGGACUGAAAAAUAAGAAUAAGCAAUCACUGGAAUCUGAUGAUAGCGGUCCCUACGUUCACCGUAACAAAGUUGCUCGUCCAUCAUCUGGGGCUUCUAUUGGUUCUGCUAUUGUUGAAGCAGAAAACACUUUGGAAAUAGAUAUCCAUGAGAACAAAAAUGAAUUGAAGGCAAAGCUUAAAGAGAUACUGCGUGAAAAGUCUGAUGUUUUCAACACUGAUAAUGCAGAAGAAGACAAGAUUAAAUUGGGCGUACCUGGGUGGAGAGAGAGGUAUUAUAAUGAAAAGUUUUCUGCAAAUACUCCCGAGGAACUUGAUGACACGCGAAAGGAUGUUGUUUUGAGGUACACAGAAGGGCUAUGUUGGGUUAUGCACUAUUAUUAUGAAGGCGUCUGUUCUUGGCAAUGGUUUUAUCCAUAUCAUUAUGCACCGUUUGCUUCCGAUCUCAUAGGCCUUGGUGAGCUGGAUAUAUCAUUCAAUCUAGGCACUCCCUUCAAGCCAUUCAAUCAGCUACUGGGUGUCUUCCCUGCUGCUAGCGCACAUGCACUCCCUGAGAAGUAUCGAAAACUGAUGACAGAUCAGAACUCACCUAUCAUUGACUUCUAUCCUACAGAUUUUGAAGUGGAUAUGAAUGGUAAACGAUAUUCCUGGCAGGGUAUUGCCAAACUGCCUUUCAUUGAUGAAGCCCGCCUUCUUUCCGAGGUUGACAAAAUUGAGCAUACAUUGACGGAAGAAGAAGCGCGGAGAAAUAGUGUGAUGUUUGACAUGCUUUUUGUGACAUCUUCUCACCCCCUCUCUGUUAGUAUAUACUCCCUUGACAACCGCUGUAAGCAGUUGAGAGAGAGAGAACGUAUUGAGGUCAAGGAAAAAAUGAACCCUGAACAUAGUGGAGGAAUGAAUGGCUAUCUCUCUCCAUGUUCGGGAGAGCUCUGCCCUCCUAUAUUCAGGUCUCCAGUUGAGGGCUUGGAGGAUAUUAUAGAUAAUCAAGUCAUAUGUGCUAUAUAUCGACUUCCAGACGCGCACAAGCAUAUCACUCAACCGCCCGCUGGGGUGAACUUUCCUCCAAAGAUUGUGAGCAUGGGUGACAUGAAACCUGAACCUGUAUUGUGGCAUGAAGAUUCUGGUAGGAGGCAUCAUCAUGACAACGGAAGAUACAAUGAUAGUACAAGGCCGAAUCCUCCCGGGGCUAUUACAGGUCGACAUCUAGGAGAUGCAGCACAUAGACUCGUUGCCAACAGCUUGCAGGUUAGGGGGGGAGAUCGAAAGGGUCACUACAAUUGGCAGCAGGCACCCUCGCUCUCCCAUACCGUGCAACCCUACAUCCCUGGGCAUCCCCCACAUCCACAUAUGGAUUAUCGAUCACGAGAUCAGGAAGCCGAUUACAGAAUGCCACCUGGUGGCAGACCGAACUACUCCCAAGGUCAUAACCGACCAAUGAAUCCCAACGCAAUGCCCAGCCACCUAGAUGAUGCAUACCAUCAGCCACGCCCAGUAUACCACCAUGACCCGAGACCUCAUUCCCAACACUACAAUAGUAGAUCACACAAUCAAAUGAAUUCCCAACAUUAUGGUGAGAAUCCUGAAGCUUAUUACCCAUCUACAUCGACAUCGUGGUCUCGUCACGGCGAUGUGCCUCCCUAUCCUCCUAAUGGACCGACAUCCCACCACCCUCCAACUUAUCAAAGUGGUUACAGCUACAACCAACUCGCUGCAGAUUCGGGUAUCAGUAGUCAGCAACAUCAGGGACGUGCGGGGCGGCCUCCUCCAGCAGGCAACAAUGGCGGCGGCGGCCCACAACAGCAAUAUGGAAAUAAUAGGUAUUACGCAUUUGAUAGAAGAGGAAACGGGAGACCACCUUCGUCAGCAUCACAUUCACAUGGCCGCAGGCAGAAACCAUACUAAAAUCAGUUCCAAUGUACGUCUAGUUUAAUGCUUUUCUUUCUAUUAUACUCACCACUGCCACUUUUCCUAUUGUGGGUGAGGAAAUUGUUGUACAAUAUUAUUAGACACUUGCAUUUUUUAUAUUAGUUCAUGUGCUCUUAACAGAAUUUCGAUAAAGGUAUUUUCUUUUUUUUUUCU